AUGGGCGUCCAAGAUGUUCUGACCCGCAAGACCGGCGUCAUUGUCGGCGACGAUGUUCUCCGUCUGUUCGAGUACGCUCGUGAGAACCAGUUUGCCAUCCCCGCCAUCAACGUCACCUCUUCCUCCACCGUCGUCGCUGCUCUCGAGGCUGCCCGCGAUGCCAAGGCCCCUAUCAUCCUCCAGUUCUCCCAGGGCGGUGCCGCCUACUUUGCUGGCAAGGGUGUGAGCAACGGUGACCAGGCCGCCUCCAUUGCCGGCUCUGUCGCUGCUGCCCACUUCGUCCGCUCCCUCGCUCCCACCUACGGCAUCCCCGUCGUCCUUCACACCGACCACUGCGCCAAGAAGCUCCUCCCCUGGCUCGACGGCAUGCUCGAUGCCGAUGAGGCCUACUUCAAGGCCAACGGCGAGCCCCUUUUCUCCUCCCACAUGAUCGAUCUCUCUGAGGAGUCUGUUGAGUGGAACGUCGAGACCACCGCCAAGUACCUCAAGCGUGCUGCCCCCAUGAAGCAGUGGCUCGAGAUGGAGAUUGGUAUCACCGGUGGUGAGGAGGAUGGUGUCAACAACGAGGACGUUGACAACGCCUCCCUCUACACUCAGCCCGAGGACAUCCUCAACAUCUACAACACCCUCUCUGCCAUCUCUCCCUACUUCUCCAUUGCCGCUGGCUUCGGCAACGUCCACGGUGUCUACAAGCCUGGCAACGUCAAGCUCCACCCCGAGCUCCUCGGCAAGCACCAGGAGCACGUCAAGGCCGCCAUUGGCUCUGAGAACCCCAAGCCCGUCUUCUUCGUCUUCCACGGCGGCUCUGGCUCCUCCAAGCAGGAGUACCUCGAUGCCAUCAGCCACGGUGUCGUCAAGGUCAACAUGGACACUGACAUGCAGUUCGCCUACUGCUCUGGUAUCCGUGACUACAUGGUCAACAAGAAGGACUACGUCAGCACCGCUGUCGGCAACCCCGACGGUGAGGACAAGCCCAACAAGAAGUACUUUGACCCCCGUGUCUGGGUCCGCGAGGGUGAGAAGACCAUGACUGCCCGUGUCGCCGAGGCCCUCAAGGACUUCAACACUGCCGGUACUGUCUAA